CUCCCAGCAGCCCGUCCAGCUCUACAGCAGCCUUCUCUCCAUCGCCCUGCCAGCCGCCGGACGCCUCACCGUGUCUCACCGUGUUUCAGAUAUCGGACACCAGCUCUCCUCUCACCAGCCGCUGUGAUCAUGUCUUCAGUGCUGCAGAAGCUGAUCAGCCCUCUGGCGGGCAGUGCCAGCGAGCCCCCCAGGAACAAGGUGACUGUGGUCGGGGUGGGCCAGGUGGGCAUGGCCUGCGCCAUCAGCAUCCUGCUGCGGGACCUGUGUGAUGAGCUGGCUUUGGUGGAUGUGAUGGAGGAUCGUCUCAAAGGAGAGAUGAUGGACCUGCAGCACGGCAGCCUCUUUCUCAAGACCUCCAAGAUAGUUGCUGACAAAGACUACGCAGUAACAGCCAACUCCCGCCUGGUCGUGGUGACGGCCGGCGUUCGCCAGCAGGAAGGCGAGAGCCGCCUCAACCUGGUGCAGAGGAACGUCAACGUCUUCAAGUCCAUCAUCCCUCAGAUCAUCAAGCAUAGCCCCAACUGCACGCUCAUCGUGGUCUCCAACCCUGUUGAUGUGCUGACCUAUGUCACAUGGAAGCUGAGUGGUCUGCCAAAGCACCGUGUCAUUGGCAGUGGCACCAACCUGGAUUCAGCUCGCUUCCGUUACCUGAUGGCCGAACGCCUCGGCAUUCACGCCAGCUCCUUCAACGGCUGGGUUCUGGGCGAGCAUGGAGACACCAGCGUGCCUGUGUGGAGCGGAGCGAACGUUGCAGGAGUCAACCUGCAGAAGCUUAAUCCUGAGAUUGGCACCGAUGCUGACAAGGAGCAGUGGAAGGCCACACACAAGGCGGUGGUGGACAGUGCGUACGAGGUGAUCAAGCUGAAGGGUUACACCAACUGGGCCAUCGGUCUGAGCGUGGCCGACCUGACCGAGAGCAUCGUCAAGAACAUGAGCCGCGUCCACCCGGUCUCCACCAUGGUCAAGGACAUGUAUGGUAUCGGUGAGGAGGUCUUCCUCUCUCUGCCAUGCAUUCUGAACAACAGCGGCGUGAGCAGCGUGGUCAACAUGACCCUGACUGACGCCGAGGUGGCCCAGCUGAAGAAGAGCGCCGACACCCUGUGGGGCAUCCAGAAGGACCUGAAGGACAUCUGAACACACCAGCACACACACAAUACACACCCACGAUGCAAACAGGCCUGUCGACAUGCACACACUCCGUUCAUAAAGUCCUUCUCUCUUCGACUCUGUUGCUCCUGUUUUAAUGGACAGUACCAGUGUUUUUCUAAAUCGUGCCAGUGAGAAUUUUAGUUUUCCACGUGUCAUCAUGCCUGAUUUAACUUUAUUUUUCUAUCAGCGCCUCAUUCUGUUACUGGUUCCUUCCUUUCAAACUCCUGACACCUCCACAUCUAGAAACACUGCUACACUCCUUUAAAAAGGCGAAUCUGUUACCCAUCAGCUCAUAGGCUAGCGUCGCUGUGUUACUGUGUUUGUGUUAGAAGACGUAAGCUGACCUGUGUUUCUGUACUCUGUAUGGAUUAUUGUGUUUUAGCUGACCAGGAUCAAACACAACCCUCCUUAAAGCCUAAACUGCCACUGUCCUCCUCCACCACCUUCUGUGCUGUGAUGUUCACCACUGCAGGGAAUCACAGAAAGACCCUGAGCAUCCUGAGAAAGACCCUGAAAGUCUAACCGGACUUGUUUUCCUCCAGCCUUUGUCCACAGCAGACACAUGACUGCACACUUUGGUCGACACGUAGGGACAUGUGACAUCGGGAGUGCGAGGGAUGAGAGGUGGGGCGGCUCUGACAGAGUGGAAACGUCCAGCUGGGGUUGGUUUUUAAACAUCGGUGCAGGUUGUCUGACCUUGUGUUGUAACCUAUGUUGGACACAGCAAUGUGUGACUUAAUAAAUUGGAACUUCAUGAAGGGCA